GAGUCCCAGGCUGGUCAGUGUGUGUCCCCCUGGGAUGCUCGGGGCUUGUUUCUGCCCAGGCUGGGAUGCCUCUCUGCGCAGUCCAGUACCACAGGGAGUUGUACGCCCUUUGCCACCCCUAGUUGCCAAGUCCUCACCCGCAACGGUGCGCGGCUCCUGGAGGCGGCUAUCGACAGAGCGGCCAAGCUAUUGGACUCCCCGUCCCCACCCUCUGACCAGUGGCUGGGAAAAGUUAAUCUCGCUAGUGCUCUCAGAGCCCCGGAGCUGGGGUGGAGUGGGGCGGCGGUUCCCAGGAUCCCAAGGCCCCGCACCUGCCUCCUCCCCCGCCCCCGCCCCCACCUGAGGGCUUGGGAACAAAGGUGCUUUGUAUAGGCCGCAACCACCUCAUUACUUCGUCUUCGGUACUAGGGCCGCGUGGGCCCUUAGCCCAGAACGAAGGUGUGGGGAGGAAAGGGACAGGAGCCAACCCCAAGGUAGGCAUUAGAUCUUGCCACCUACAGCAGGGGAUGGGAGGGCGGGGGUAGUGUCCCAUGAGGCGAUUUGUCCCUUCUCUCCUCGCGCUAUCCCUAGACGUGCAAAGAAAAAGAGGCAAGGUGCUAAGGUGUCUGGACGGGCUCAGAUCCUCGCCUGUGCCUCACUUUCCUCUUUCUUGGCAAAGGCCUUGUGCUCCGAUUUAAAUCUUUCAAACUUCUAAUAAGGCUUUCUACCCUGUAUUAAUGCAGACACGAAAGACAGGACCUCCCUAAAAAAACUCCUAGAUAGUGGAAUACGUCCCUCCUCCCUGUCCCCUCGCAAUGCGGUCUUGCCUCCGAGCUUGGCUAACCAGGCGCGCGCUACGGCGCACAGAAGGUUAACCAGAGUUCGCUCUGAGCGGAGAGGCGGAGACGUGCUCCCAUUGGUGGAAAGUUAUCCAGGGGCGUGGCCAAUGAGUCUCCGCUCUCCACCCCCCCUUCCCCCACACCCCCCGCCCCCUCGACUUUGUACCUUUCUCGCCGCGACUGCGAAGCGGGCCGGUACGGGCCGGACCAGAUCAGACUGACCCCGGGGGCGAUGCGGCUGCUGCCCCUGCUGCGGACUGUCCUCUGGGCCGCGUUCUUGGGCUCCUCUCUGCGAGGGGGCUCCGGCCUCCGCCACGCCGUCUACUGGAACUCCAGUAACCCCAGGCUGCUUCGAGGAGACGCCGUGGUGAAUCUGCACCUCAACGAUUACCUAGACAUCUUCUGCCCGCACUAUGAGGGUCCAGGGCCCCCCGAGGGCCCUGAGACGUUUGCUUUAUACAUGGUGGACCGGCCCGGCUACGAGGCCUGCCGGGCAGAGGGGGCAGGUGCCUUCAAGCGCUGGGUGUGCUCCUUCCCCUUCGCUCCCUUUGGCCCUGUUCCGUUCUCGGAGAAGAUUCAGCGCUUCACGCCCUUCUCCCUUGGCUUCGAGUUCUUGCCUGGAGAGACCUACUACUACAUCUCAGUGCCAGCUCCGGAGAGUUCUGGCCAGUGCUUGAGGCUCCAGGUGUCUGUCUGCUGCAAGGAGAGCAAGUCCGAGUCAGCCCAUCCUGUUGGGAGCCCUGGAGAGAGUGGCACAUCAGGGUGGCAAGGGGGGGGCACUCCCAGCCCCCUCUGUCUCUUGCUGCUGCUGCUGCUCCCAAUUCUGCGUCUCCUGCGAGUUCUCUGAGCCAAGCCGACCCUUCCUGCCACCUCCAGGAGCCAGAGCCCUUCCAAGAUUCCCUGGAGGAGGGACCCCUGCUACCUGAGCUGGGAUUGCCAAGCCAGACAGACAAGAUGGAAGAGUGAUGGGGGCAGUCAGAGGGUCUGAGGUGACCCUGAGAGAUACCGACUCCCUCCUCACAGGCUAAAGAGGAGCUGCAGGAGAGACAGCCCUGGGCUCUCUUGAGCAGAGGCAGGGCAAACAUAGGGUCUCUAUUAGCUGCUUUGAUGGUGUCAUGCCAUCCCCCAGGAAGACUGGGAUUUUGUGGGACUGAGUCCUUGAGCCUGCUGGGGGCCAAGGCUGAAGAUCUGGGGACAGGUCGACUGCUGGAUCAGAGCAAGGAAGAAGCCCAGGCCUGCUAUCUGUGCCCAGUGCCCGGUGGGCCUCUUCUCUGGGGUAGCACCUUGCCCUCCCCAGGGGGUCACUCACUUGUCUUCUGUGAAGAUGGACUUGCCAUGUGGUUGAAUUUCAUGCCAGUUUGUAUUUUUAUAAGUGUCUGGACCAAACCUUCAAUAAACCACCCAUCUUUUUGUUGUUCUCCCCAA